UUUACAGAUGUCGCCAGUCAAGGCCGCGGUAUAUCUCCGCUCGGGCAGCACGCAGGAAAGCACGAUCAUGAAUUAAACCGCGACCGCGACGAAUUGCUCAGUUUCUGGCAGUUUCCUCGGAUCGUGCGGAAGGAAGUGGAACGAGGAGCGCGUGUUAUAACGCGAUCGCUCACCGGAGUUCGUCACCGUUAGAUCGAAUCGUUAGAUUUCCGGCUCGGUGGUCGCAGUAGCGGCGCAUUCUAAAGUGGUUUCGCUUGUUGCGCAGUUGCCAAGGCGACUAACGUGCGUACGUACGGGUGCGUGUACCUCCGUUGCGUGCGUGCGUGCGUGCGUGCGUGAUACGCGGUGUGCUAUGAUAAGAGACCGUGGUCGUCGGGACACCGAUACUCUUGUCGCUCUCGCGUCGUCGUGCACGACGCCACGACGCUCCGCAACAUAAUCUGAAGAGCCGCCGCUUAUUAUGGACUACCCGGUGUUGGGCCACUACGACCCAACUGUAGAGGCCGCGGAGCACGGUAGUGGCGAGCAGGAACAGGAGUUGCUAUGGGAUGAAUGUAAUUAUGUUGUGCCUGGUGAUGAGUACGUACCUGCAGCGGAGCAGUUUGGAGAGGAUUUCGCCGGUGCCGAGUUUCACGAGACGAGAACGUUGCUUGCCGAUGGUGGAGAUAGAUUUGGAGUUUCCACUGCCAUUUUCGAUACGGUCGAGGAACUUAUGUGGAUGGGGAAUCAGGGGGGUCACGUAACAUCUUAUUAUGGGUCCGGUUUACAAAAAUACACCUCUUUCCAAGUUCACGCGACGCAGGAGGUGCGGCAUAUUCAUCCCGUGGAUGAAGGGAUCCUGGUGUUGACUCAGAGUAUAUUGAGAUGCCAAUUGCGGCGAGGCAUACCUAUAUUUACGCACACGUCAGCGAAUAUGAACGAUAUGCAGUGUUUGUUACAAAUCUCGCCGACUAGAUUGCUCAUGGGUGGACACCAAGACAAAAUAAUCGAUUUUAAUCUAACUAGAGGGAAAGAGACUGGAUUAGUGGACGUAGGAGAGAACGGUUGCGCGAUAUUGAGACAACACAGUAGACUGAUUUGCGCUGGUAAUCCUGCGGGGAGAAUAGAUCUCAGGGACCCAAACACACUAUCAGUAGAGCACACUUUGGAUACACAUAGCGGUUCUCUAAGCGAUUUUGAUGUUCAGGGAAAUUAUCUUGUUACGUGCGGUUUUACUAACAGUCGUCAGGGACUUACCGUCGAUCGAUUCUUAAUGGCCUACGACCUGAGACAAAUGAGAGCGUUAAGCCCGGUGACUACGAUGGUAUACCCUCUUUUACUGAAGUUCCUUCCAAGUUAUUCCAGCCGGCUCGCAGUGGUAUCGCCAUUAGGACAGAUGCAACUACUUGAUACAAUAUAUGCUAAUGUACAACCAUCAAUGACAUGUUUGUACCAGGUUGCCACUGGCGGCGCGGGAAUACUCUCGUUUGAUGUAGCCUCAACAUCUCAGUGUCUUUGCUUUGGAGAUUCAGCGGGUUCUAUACAUCUAAUGGCCACUAACAAUCCGGAACCUCAAUUCAAUACAUUUUCUAGGCCUACAGAGUUUGCUGAUCCAAUCGAGACACUACCAUCGAUUCCCUUUGACGACGAUGUCACUCCAUUUAGUACAAUACCAAUCGUGUAUUCUGAUCAACCACUUCUAAGUGAUUGGCCAGAAGAGUAUAUAAAAAAGGUUUAUAGAAAAACUCCACCGAUAGAUCCCGAGAUUUUGCGCACAAUGAAGAUGCAGGGAACAAUAGGAUACGCACCAAAUCCUCAGGCCUUUCGCAGAAAUCAAAUACCGUACAAUUUGGAAAAACGACGUGGCUUAGUCGCGAAGCCUUUCGCGGGGGACUCACGGUCUAAAACAGAUGACGGCACCUUUGUGGCCAUACCUAAGCGUUAUCGUAAAAUCGAGUUGAAAUAUUCACGGCUCGGUUACGACGAUUUCGAUUUCGAUCAGUACAAUCGAACCAGCUUUUGCGGUCUGGAAGCCACCCUUCCCAACAGUUAUUGCAAUGCUAUGCUACAGUUACUAUACUACUGCGAGCCUGUAAGAAUAGCAUUGCUCUCACACUCAUGCCAACGGGAAUUCUGUCUUUCUUGUGAAUUGGGGUUCUUGUUUCACAUGCUGGACAUAUCUCAAGGAUUACCCUGUCAAGCUGCGAACUUUCUCAGGGCUUUCAGAACGGUGCCGGAAGCGGCUGCCUUGGGACUUAUAUUGAGCGACCUGCAUGCCGAAGCAAAGAAAAAGAUCAGUCUGAUUAGACUUAUCCAAAGCUGGAAUAGAUUCAUGCUACACCAAAUACAUUACGAGAUUCUGGAAACUAGGAAACGGCAACAAAAAGAGAAGGAAGCAGCACGACUUAAAUCGGGUACCAAGCCAGGGUAUCCCCCCUUCGUUUAUAACGAACAGGAAUUUCCUAGCAUUGUUGGUUCUCGAUUCUCGGAGGAUCUUGGUUCUCGUUAUAGAAGCCACGAUGACGAAAGGAAGAAAAAGAGAAAGCAGGAGGAGGAUGGUAAAUAUAUGUGGAUCACAUCGAAAGACAAAAACACCAAAAAAUCCACCGAAGAAAAUGAAGUGCGAGAUGAUGAAACGGAGAUCAGUCGUCUAUUUGGAUCCGAACAAACGCACAUAUAUCGUUGUCUCAAAUGUGGGCAAGAAGCUACGAAACAUUCCAUCAUGUUACUCUGUAACUUAGCUUAUCCGGAAAUAAUCAGUCCUUCUGAAGAGGUACCGUUCACAAGUGUUCUUGCCCGCAGUUUAAGACCUGAGAAAAUUACACCCGCGUGGUGUGACAAGUGCCAGAAAUAUACACCUACUCUCGAUUCUCGACAAUUGACUAAACUACCUCAAAUACUGGCUCUAAACUGCGGCUUAGAUACUCAGCAGGAUAAGGCGUUUUGGCAGAAUCAAAUGGAUAUUGUAGUACAAAAUGUGCUGACGGGGAAGGAGAGUAGUCCUAGCUCCAGUCCUGUGCCUGUUACCGCGAAACCUUGUCGGUACGGUAUUAACUGUACUCGAGCUGGAUGUCGUUUCAGACACGUUGGUCGUGACUCAGAGACGGAGAAAUUAUUAAUGUCACCUUCCACUCCAUCUACUUCGUCAACGACGCCCGUUACGUCACCUCCUAGUCAUUUGUAUUACUCGCACUCCUGGAUACCUCACAACAUAGAGAUCUCCCUUGACGAGAACGGAGAUAUGUCGGUUCGAAAGGUCGGCGAGCCGAAAAACGAAUCAAAUAACGACUCGUCCGCACAAACGAGUGUGAUGGAAAAUGGCCAGGACGACAAUAAGGUACAAAUCGUUUCGGAGAACGUCGGGAGUAACGCUGACGAAGGUAGUGCUGAAAAUUGUAACAUACCGUCGAGUACGAUGGACGGCGAAGCGAAAAGUACAAGUCCCGAAAUUCCUGUGAGUAAUGCUCAAAAGAUACAAUAUGGUCUCAGCGCUAUCGUCUGUUACAUCGACGAUAAGAAUAACGAGGAACGAAGAAACCUCGUGGCGCUGAUACGAGUUGAACCAAAUUAUCACGUGCGAUCGACGGGCAAUGCCGUGUCACAAUGGUAUAUUUUUAACGAUUUUUGUAUAUCAGCGGUGACACCACAGGAAGCAGUUUGGUUUAAUCUAGAUUGGAAAGUACCGUGCGUUCUCUAUUACACGGCGAUACCCGCACCUGAACCGGCACCAUUUGUCAGUCCUCUCACAUACGAUGUGUUUGGAGAAGAUAAAUGUGUCGCUCGUAGCGGUGGAACCAGAGGCAUUACGUUCACUCCACUAUCGUCGGACGAAAUGCCUAAGAAAGGAGAACUGGUAGGGAUCGAUGCCGAAUUUGUUACUUUGAAUCAAGAAGAAUCCGAACUGCGGAGCGAUGGAAAAAUGUCGACUAUAAAACCAAGCCACAUGUCAGUCGCGCGAAUUACUUGUAUACGAGGCCAAGGUCCUCUCGAGGGUACACCAUUCAUAGACGAUUAUAUAAGCACUCAGGAACAGGUGGUCGAUUAUCUUACAAAAUUCAGUGGGAUUCAGCCGGGAGAUUUGGACGCAAACUUUAGCAGCAAGCAUCUCACUACUCUGAAGUCGACGUAUCAAAAGCUAAGAUUCUUGGUAGACAACGGCAUAAUCUUCGUCGGGCACGGCCUGAAAAACGAUUUUAGAGUAAUAAAUUUGGUAGUGCCGCCGGAGCAGAUAGUAGAUACCGUUCUGUUAUUCCACUUACCCCAUCAUCGUAUGGUAUCGUUGCGCUUUUUGACCUGGCACUUCCUGGGCAAGAAAAUCCAAUCCGAAACACACGAUUCGACUGAGGACGCGCGCGCGGCCUUGGAACUGUAUCGCAAGUAUAAAGAAUUGGAGAUCUCCGGUACGCUCACACAAACGCUCAAGGAACUGUACGAAGUGGGCACUCAAUUACAGUGGAAAGUCCCAGAUAGCUGAUACGAGGAUAACAUAUAUAAUAUAGAUAUAGAUGACCAGAUCAAUUUGAAUGGCGAUAAUGAUGAUUAGAAGAUAUAAAUGUUCAUGUGUCCAUUGUUCAUCAUUGUUCAACAUCAUUGUUCGAAAGGUAACACUCGGCGGACACCAAGGAGUCUCGACGUUCAAUCUAGUUUUGUAGAGAACGUCGUUUACUCCACGAUGGGAAGAAGACAUGUACGUUCCACUUACGCGCAACAUUAUAGACAAAAUUUGGGAUCGCGUCACGAUACUGCGAUAAAUUAACGGUUACAGAGACAUGAUAUUGAUACUCAGUUAGCGUUAUUUUCGGGUAUUAGAUCAUUGUUGCAUCCGUUUACCGAAACGUGUGGUGUGUUUAUGAACACAUUGCAAAUUCUUGUCAUUACUCGCCUCGUAUGUCGCGUAUAAUUCGUUGGAAAAAAUUGUUGAUCGUGAAAUUUUAAAUAGAAAUACGUCCGUUUUUGAGCACGGCAUAGAUUUGUACAUAUUGUAUGUCUAAUAAUAUACUGGCGUUUUCGGGAGCAGUAAUAGUCCGGAUACUCUCUGUCUCUGGCCCGAUGUAAUAUCAAUAUCCGCUCCAAUUUUCCGUGUGAGAGGUAACGUAUGCCAUCCCGAUUUAUCAAGCAGUUGCCGAGUGUAAAUGUAAAAUAGCUCUUAGCACAAUAGCAAUAACUGAAUUGUGUAUCCGUAAGUACACGAUAUUUCACUGUUUUUCCUUUUAUAUGUAUUUUCUCUAGGACAUUAACUUUUGUACGAUUUUACGGAGCGGGAUUUCAUGCAGGUUUUUUACGAAAUAUAUUUACUUCGUAUCAGUGAACCUUAGUUAUCUCGAGCAUAUGCAUGCACACAGUAUUCUUCGCAUCCAUAUACCGGUCGCAACUGUGACGAUGCUCUUUGCAAUGAGUAAUCGUUACUUUUCAAAACUGAUGGAUUUGUGUGAGGCUCUCGAAACGCGAAAAACAACUAUCGAAGACGGUAGUAUAUUUUACAAACUGACAAUUGUACUCAUUACAAAUUAUUUUUAUAUACAUUUUACCAAUAAAUAUAUGGAGAGAAUACUGUCCAGAUUUAUUAAAAAGAAAAAUGAGAUUGUCGGAGCAUAUAUUUUUUUAUAUCAGGAAGAAUUUUCUUAUAAUUUGUGCACGAUGUAACUUGCAGCGGAAACGGUCAACGCGAUUAAUUAUAUAUAGUACAGUACAUAUGAUGGUAAUCAAGCAUUUGUUUUAGGCCAAUCACUGUUAUGUCAUUGUAAUUUUUCAAUAAAUGGUUGUAAAACU